CGCAUUUCCACUUCUGCACUAAUCGCAGUCUUUAAAUCUCUAUCCCUCAUUUCGUUUCCAGAUAUGCAGCGCACUUCCAUCGUGCAUUACUGGGUAAGCUACUAGAAGGGAAUGAAGGUUUGCUGAAGGAGGUGGGCAGCGAUACGGCCGAGGAUUAGCCGGCCGUCUAUCUACUGAAUCUAUAUCACGUCAGAUCUCAGGCGGCCCCCUCCUCCGGUUUGUGUGAAUCAAAGGCAGAGUAAGGAGGCAGGGUUUGGGCCUUGUGUUUGUGCGGGCUGGCGGGGGCUUAUGACCGAACCGUUUGGUGGCUCUGGUCAGUUCUUGGCCUGCGCUCAACCCCGGUGUGUUGGUGGCUGUGGUCAGUCUUUGGCCUGUGUUCAACCCCAGCGUGUUGGUGGCCCCGGUCAAUCUUUGGCCUGUGUUCAAACCCAGUGCGUUAGUGGCCCCGGUCAGUCUUCUCUCCCUGCAUUCAAAACCCGACGUGUCGGUAGCCCUAGACUUACUUGACGGCAGGCAACUCACCAAACGUCAAG